AUGGCGUUGUCUAUCGUGCGAUUAGGAUUAAGAUCUGUAAUUAAUUUCGAAAGAAAUGCAGCUGUAAUAUCUGUGACCAGUGUCCCUAAACAAUUAAAAUUAAUCCACACGAAACCAGCGUGUAAUGGCAGCGUAUGCUACUUAGCAGAUCUCCCCCGAGACAGUGAACUCCGAUCAGACAGAGGAUCCGCACUCCGGAGGUACAGCAAGCACCACGGACGUCCCGAGGAGGACCGGCGGAAACAGUCUGAUAGCGACUCCGAUUCGGAUUCUGAUACAGAAUGCAAGGGAUAUGAUCGAACGGAGUUCUGGCGUCGUAAGAUGCGCACAGUUCACAACAUCCUGGACGUGGACAAGGAUGGUCUGAUCUCAUUCAACGACUUCAUACUCUUUGCUGAGCGGUUCAAGUCUCUAGGACAUCUCACGAACCAGCAGGCGGAGGAAUUCACCAGUAUUAUCAAGCUAACAUGGGAGGAGCAGUGGGGUGCAAUAGACCCGUACAACUUCGUCACAGUGGAACAGUAUCUGGAGGACAUGCAUCAUGUACUGAACGACAAGUCGCUGAAGAAGAGGGCGUACCGUUGGCUGCCGUAUUUGUUUAAAGCGGUAGAUAAGGAUAAGUCCGGCUUCAUAUCAGUCCACGAGUUCAAGCUGUUCUUCAAGUGCUUGGGGCUGGACAAUGAGAAGGCAGCUGUCGCCUUCGCAGUCAUAGACGUUAACGGGGAUGGCAAGCUAUCACAAAAAGAAUUCGUGAAGUUAGGAAAAGAAUUCUUCUGCACAGAAGAUGAGAAGAAAGUGUCCAAAAUGUUCUGGGGACCACUAAUCCACUAA